AUGGAUUUCGUCGAGGGUCUUCCCAAAUCCGAAGGCUGCGACUCCAUCAUGGUCGUCGUCGAUCGGCUGACCAAGUUCGCACACUUUGUGCCGCUCCAUCACCCCUCCACGACGGUGCAGGUGGCCCGCGCAUUUUGGGAGCACAUCAUCAAGUUGAACGGUGUCCCUCGCUCCAUCGUCUCCAACCGGGACAAAAUCUUCACUACCGCGAUAUGGCGGGAGCUGCUCGCAGCGGCCGGCACCAAGCUCCUGUACUCCACCUCCUACCACCCCCAGACGGAUGGCCAGACGGAACGACUUGCCCGCGCCGAGGCGUGCUUCAAGAAGCAGGCCGAUUGUCACCGUGCAGAGUGCGCGUUUGACGUCGGGGAACAAGUCCUCCUCAAGCUGCAGCCGUACGUGCAGUCAUCGGUUGUCAAUUGCUCCUACCGGAAGCUCUCCUACAAGUUCUACGGUCCAUUCAUGGUGGCCGAACAGAUCGGCACCCUGGCGUAUCGUCUUCAACUACCGGCGGACAGCCGCAUCCAUCCGGCAUUCCACGUUUCGCAGUUGAAGACUUACACUUAUGUUUUCUCUGAGCUGCCGCAAAUACCGGACUUGGUCACCGGCGAUGUGGAACCAGUGGCCAUCGUGGAGCAUCGCAUGAUGAAGAAAGGGGACGUGCAAGUGAUCCAGCUACAAGUUCAGUGGUCCAACAGACCCCAGACGGCCACCACCUGGGAAUACUACGACAUCCUCAAAGAGCGCUAUCAAUCAGCCUGCAUUUGGGAGGGAGCUCCAUCAGAAGACAGAGCCAAUGUCACGCCUGCAGAUGACGAUCUGCAGCGGACUGCAAGUGCAGUUCAGUUAACUGCUGUUAACUGA